ACAGUAGACCAAACAAAUCUUGGUUUGUGGUUUUCUGAUCGCCAUUGUUUAUUCUCCCGCAUCGCCUCCCCUCCCUUGGUCUUGCCGCCGUGUGAGCGUGUGUGAGUCGGCGUCUCGAUCCGUCCCAACCUCCAACCUCCAUCCGUAGUCCCUCUCAUUGCACCGAGAAUCCCGGCCCGGGGCGGUCAAAGUGGUGCCGCUCUUCUUCUCUUCUUCUUCUGCUGCUGCUGCUGCUGCUGCUGCUUCUGCUCCUCUCUCUCCUCGCAUUCCGGCUGCUGGACCCAUUCGUUAGGCUCAGAUUAGUGCCGCCAUGAGCUAAGAGCCCCCGAUUCCAUCUCAUGCGCAUCCUCCAUGAGUAACAGAGCGGCACAAGCAUGCGAUGGAUGCCGGGUGCGCAAGGUGAAAUGCAACAGCACUCAGCCUUGCUCGCAAUGCUCACAUCUGGGCCUUGCGUGCAUCUACUCGCCAUCGACUAAGCGCAAGCCCAGUGUCCGCAACCGCCUUGUCACGCAGCUUCGCAACAAGUCCAAUGUAGCAGCAGCUUCGCCAAGUCGCGGCAGCACGUCUUCGUUGGCUGAUUAUCCGGAAAGGCCACCGGGCCCGGCGGUUACAUCCAUCGCUGGGAUAGUGAACCCAGAGCAAGAUGCGACCCCCGUCGGCGGCGGCGUUGGAUUUGGUUCUGGAAGAGGAGAUUCAGGUAUUGGAGCUGGAGUUGGAAGCGGGUUUAGUAGUGUCGGGAUUGGCUCGAGGACUGCUGGCCUUGGCGUAGAGCCCUCCUUUGACGGUUCUGCCUUCAACACUUUCAACACUGGAUUCUUCAUCGGCAUGUUGCCCAAGUAUGAAGAGCAGGUGUACCCAGUUAGCCCCAUCAUCACGAGUUAUGAAGUGCGCCAGGCAAUCGACAGCAUGCAUUCCAACCUCGACGACGCGGCCUUCGUCUACGCGAUGGGGGCGGUAACAAUCAAUCUUACGACUCCCACGGUGCAUGGGGAGGCGGGGGCCAAGAUGACGGAGCUGAUACGACUCGGCCUCAGCGCGUAUAGACGGGCAGACUCGAUGGCCGACGUCAAGAACGGGAGGCUGACUGAGAUGCGGACCACGUUUAAGCGCAUCAUGACGUGCAUCUUUCUUGAGGUUUCCAUGAUGGCCUUUAAUCGCUUCGACCGCAGCUUUGCCACGCUGCGUGAGGCCAUGACAAUGGUGCAGAUGAUCCACGUCCAGCAGUGCUCGCACAACGCAGUGCCCCUUGAACCGCGUGACGUGCCCAAGUUCCAGCGCGUAUACUGGGAGGUCUUUAUCCACGAGCGCUUCUUGACAAUACUCUCUGGGUUUCCGUGCAUCAUGACGCCGCUGCCUACGGGCUUACCUGUGCGAGACACAUCGAUCCCGGCACAUAUCGAUGUCGGAUUCAACCGCCUCAUCCGUCUGUUUCAGAUCAUGGACGGGCCCUUUCUGCUGUACUGGAAUGCGCAGCAGAACCCGGCGCAGCCCGUGCCGGGGAUAUCACUACAAUGGAUCGAGAGCAAGCAGGCCCAGCUCGACCAAGACGAAAUUGGAGCUUCCGAAGCCGAGCAGGCGCUGGUUGAUAGCGGGCGAGGGUCGUUUACGGAGUUACAACACGUCGAUUUGUUUGUGACUCGACUCUGGAUGCGCACGCUGCUGUGGCAGUUUGGGCUUACGCACCGCUUUCUUCGCUCGGCGCCAUCACAAAACAUCCACGAAGGCCUGUCAAUCCACUUCCCAGCGCACAGGCUGUCUGUUCAGUUGCGAGCCCUGGUCAGCCGUCUGGAAAACGUUUCCACCAUUGUCACACACGGCAUUGGGCUCUUGCAGAAGAUAUUUGAGAUUACGAGCACGGUGGCGGACGUGCUUGCCCUGCCAGUGGGCUAUGGCCAGUCUCAAGAAGAAGUAAGAAGCCGGAUAGAAGAUUUUGCAUUUCUGGUCAAGUUUUUGUUCAGCUUUGAGAGAGCGGAAAAGGAGCAGCGAGACUAUCUUCGUGACAAGCUCGAAGGGCUUCAGCAGCAGUACCCCAUGGUGAACUUUGCUGACAUGGUUGGGUUGAGCCCGUACUGAUUCUGAGUAACACAGAGUAGCACCUGUAGGAAACUGGCAUAUGAUUAGCAUGUUUCUCUCUCU